AUGUCUGAGCCUCUCCCCAGCGGCGAGUACUUCAUCGAAGCUCCCCGAUUCAAUGAUGGCAGCUUUUCAAGUCGUCCCGUUAACCACAGAGGUGUUUUUGUGAUGUUAUUCCUUGAAGGCACACCUCCGGUCAAGUGGACUUUCAAUGAACUUGACAACGGGAAUUAUACCAUCGGGAUUGAGGGUCGAUUCGUUACCUCCGGUCCAAACCCGGUCAUUCUGACGGAUCAACAUUACGAAUGGAAGUUGGUGAAGGAAGACUUUCUCCCCUCUCCCGUGGGAUCCCACAACUAUAUUACACAGACUGCCAGUGGUGACGGUAUCGUGUACAUCGAAGAAGGGUAUCCUGACAAGCAGACCGUGCUCAGUGUGGUACCCAACUGUCCCGGGGCUGGUUCUUCGGUUUGGAUUCAUACUUAA